AUGGCGGCUCAUGAUCAUGAUGCAGCUCAGCCUUUCCCGCCCGAGCCUCCGCCAGACUUGUUUUCAGGUAACUGUCGCGAGCCCUUCGCUGUCGAUGCCUGGGGUGGUUUCGGGACAGCUUCAGGUGAGGGGGGGGACAAUACUGUGCCAAUGGGAUCCUUGGCUAGUUUUCCUCUAGAGGCUGACCGCCAAUCUCAGUGGCAUGACUCAAGGCAGGGUAGUUGCGAGGACGGUGCAAUUUCUCCCCCUCUUUCCAUCAGUGAUAUUGACCCCGGGGCGGUCCUCGAGGAUCCUGCCGAGCAUGUGCCGUCUGCCUGGGAUUUGCUAGAGAAUCGUAUUGAUUUUCCAGAUAGUCACUAUUUUGCUGACGACGAACAUGAUUGGUACUCUGAGGUGCGAGACAAUGAUGCUGUGCUUGUGCCUCAUGCUACUGACGAGUCUGAACCUUUUGAGGUGGUUGAUCCGGAUGCUUCCUCACUUUGCAUGUCGGAGCCGCCAGCUACCAGCAAUUUUUACCUAAGGAGCCAGGGGAUUUCCUUUGCUCUUCCUGAUGCCCUAGAGCCUGCUCGCGAAGCUGACGAUUUGAAGCGUGUGGCAGUGGAGUUAUCUGCAAAGCGUCGCCGCACGAAUAUCCCCAAGCUUCCGUGGGAGACAGGUCCCAUGAGCAUGAUUUUCUCUGCUAAGCCUGUCGUGCCUGCACGUGACUGGUCUUGCUCAGGUGUGCUGUUGAGUGCAGGCGCUUCUGAACAAAUUGUGAGUGAUGGUUUCGAGGGAGUGGCACCUCAGGAGCUAGGGCAGGUUACAGCUGCCUUUGGAAAGCGGCUUUUGCGCAUGAGGGCUCCGACUUCUGAGGAGCAGAUCCGCGCAGCUGCAUUGAAACGGCUUAAGCUUCUUGUGUGUCUGGACCCAACUGCUUCGAAGCUCGGCGUGUCAUUGCUUGACCAAAUGCAGAACUUGUGUGAUGAUGAAACAAUUGCUCGCUCCAUCUCCGAUGCAUUUCGAGCGAAGGCCUCACAGACUUUGAUCAAGAGGGCUGGGUCUCUUGAACGUUUUGCCAGAUGGUGUUUUGAUCAGGAUCUGCCUUCACCCUUUCGAGCUGACGAGCAAAUCAUGUACAGGUACCUGUGCGACCUCAGGACAUCAGGUGCAAAGCCGACGUCACCCAACCACUUCUUGCAGGCAUGGCGUUUUGUGCAUGGUGCCAUCGGCUUGAUUCACAGCCCGCCUUCUGAAGUGAUCUCGACGAGGUGUGAAGGUGCCUCAAGAGACCAAUACUUAACUAAAGCACCAUUGCGGCAGAAGUCGCCCUUGACCCGCCAGCAGGUCGAGGAGCUUGAGCGUGGUGCUGUUGAAAGUGCUGAUACCAAAGAGGUUUGCGUUUUGGGACAGAUCCUUUUCUGUCUGCAUGCCUCCUGCAGGUGGUCAGAUAGCCAGCGUAUUGUCAGCAUUGUCCGCCAGGAAGCUAAUGGUGUCGUGCUUUUAGUCGUCGAUGCCUUGACUGCGAAGCAUACCUAUUCUCAGGAGAGUCAGCGAGUUUUACUGCCGUACGCUGCCCUGGGGCGAGGACUGUCGGGCCAUGAUUGGUCCGAGGCUUGGUUAUCGGCGCGUGAGGCCGAGGGCCUGGUGGUAGGCAAGGACAUGUGCCUGCCCAGCUUGCGCUCUGAUGGUUCAGGCUGGCUAGGUGUCAAGAUGAGUUCGACUGAGGGCCAGAUCUUUCUUCAGGAGGCCCUUGCUGGUAUUGAUAAGAGUGCUGUUCCCCUCUCACAGCUGGGAACGCACUCACUUAAGGCUACCCUCUUGACUUGGGCUCAACGCUCUCCUGUCGUUCCUUUCAAGAUGUGGGAACGUAAACUGAUGGGUCACCAUUCUCUUGAUAGGGAUAAGUCGCCCUUGACUUAUUCGCGACAAGCUUAUGCCACCCUCAUGGGAAAGGUCCAGGCCAUGUUUGAAAGCAUAGUUGCCGGCAGUUUUGAUCCCGACAUGUGCGCUGCUGGUCGGGUUGCACAGGUGGCUGCUUCGUACCGUGCCAAGGGCAGUGAUGAGGUUCAACGCAUGGUGCGCAGGCAGGAUGGUGACGAGGCGGCAGAGGCUGAAGCUUCAGGAAGCAGUGAUCCAGCCGAGCCGCGAGAUCAUUCCUCUCGCUCCUCCUCGGGCGAAAGCGCUCGCCAGGUGGUCGAUGCCAUUGAUCCAUCGAUUUUCUCCCGGGUGCAGUUUGAGGGUGGAUGGGACCGGUGUCAUACGCACGUCGUGUCCGGUAUCGUUCACAAGCUCCGGAGCGGGGAUGAUUCAAUUUUUGAGUGUGGGUUGUUAGGUGCGAUGGCGAGUGUGACGCUUGAGUCGAAGGCUGCCUUCCUCGAGCGAUGUCGGCGCAUAGAGAUGACUGAAGCGACCAUCGAGGGGCUGCGCGCUGCCGGCUUCGAUACUUUCGGGUCGCUAGGGUUUGCGGUGUGCGCCAAUCCACAGGCCCUUGAAGAAGGGCAGGUCAUUAAGUUCAUUGGUGAUACCUUUCCUGCAGGGCUUACCUUGAAGCAGUCAGCGUGCAUUCGGAAACUGCUUUUCGAAUCCCAGGCUUUAUCUCUUCAGGAUUUAAAGGCAAGGGUGGAGCCUCCGCCCGUUGAUGCCCCACCUCGCAAGAUGCCUGUUGCUGAGCGCCUGGCUCGUGAGAAAGCCCAGCGAGAGAAACUCAAUGGACUCAUCUGGGGUCCAGAGAUGCAGCCUGGCCAAGGAGUGGUAGAUGCCUGCGUGGACAUGUUAGAGCAAAACGUGCUCGUGUAUAUGCCCCCACAUAAGUUCGUGUCGAGGUCACAGGAGAUAUCUUGUGUAAAGCGUGACAAGUCUGUGCUUGUGGACACAGACGGCGGCCUCAAGGUGACAGCAAAGAAUCAUGACAUGAGCUGUGAUGCGUCGACUGAGUAUGCUCUCCGCCAGGCCUGGCAGCGACGAAGUCUUGCUUUCGACUUGGCAGGGCUGGGGACCUUUCAUGCGCUUGAGGAUUGGGUCAACAAAAUGUUCUUGGUUCUGUCGCGGCCCAUCCCUCCGGGCUAUAAGCCGGUCAACAUACACCAGUUGAUUAGUGCUGAUCGUGCCCUCUUCAUUCGGGCGGCCGACGCACUGGUGGGCAGCUUAACAGGUGUGCCUGGCCGUGCUAAGCCCCUGGACGAGCAAAUUGUUCUGCUUCAGGACUCGCCUGAGAUUGUUCAGUACGUGACUCUUUGCAAGGAUCCGAAGAAGGCUGAUCCCAACAAGCCGAAGAAGUUCGUGGUUUUCCAGGCAGCGGCGGCCCCAGAGCCAGUCGACAGUCCUUUGUUCCCAACAAUCUGCUUCGGCCUCGUUCAGUACGGGUCUUUUUAUGCAUGGAGGCAUGAGCGGAACUUUCGCUUCACAAGCUUGAGUCUUUUUCUCAACGUGAAGACCGAUUUUCAUAUUGAUUCCUACAAUUCCCCAGGUGAUGACAACUGCGUCUUCAAGAUCAAUGACUUUGGCAAAGGGGGGCGUUUGGGUGGAGGUUAUGUUCGGUUUAAUGCCCGUGCCCUGCGUCAUGCCACUGAAAGCUGGACCGGCGACCGCAUGGUCCUGGUCGCCUUUACAAUUAACGAUCCCUCGGCCCUCACCCCUCAGGCUGGCGCUUCACUUGAGCCUCUAGAGCCUCGUCCUGUAGCUUUUGAGGCGCAGAGCGCAGCGCUCAAGCUGGACUUGCAAGAGGAGGCGGGCCAAAGUCUCUUCUGGUCCUUGUGGGCCGAUGCAAAUGCUGCUUAUGUUCACUGUGGACCUCCAUGUGGCACCGCUUCGCGCGCUCGCGAGCGUGCCAUUCCUCGUAAGAUGCGUGCUGCAGGUGUUCCCCAGCCUCCUCCACUGAGGUCGUCCGAUUUUCCUUUUGGCCUGCCAAACAUGUUGCAGUCUGCUGCGUAUGGACCCAGGCUGCACGCUGCAAACCGGUUGUAUCGCUUCACGGCCAAAAUCCUGCUUGCGUGCCUGCAAGAAGAGCGGUAUUUCUCUAUUGAGAAUCCCGCUUCCUCCCACUUUUGGAGUAUCUUGGAUGCCUUAGUCCUCGAGUGGCCGUCAUCCGUGCAGGCUAAGUAUGCCAAGCUGCUUCGCGUGGAUUUUGCCCAGUGUAUGCAUGGAGGCACUCGACCCAAGGUGUCUCGCUUUCUGACCAAUGUCCCAUCUUUUGCACAGCUCGCAUGUCGAUGUGAUGCCAGUCACUCCCACGAUGCGUGGGGUGCCCAGUGGUCUCCUUCAGGUUGGCGUUUUGCCACCCAUCUCGAGGCUCAGUACCCUCGCUUGCUGUGCCGUCGCCUUGUGGAUGCCUUGUGUAGCAGCUUGACCCCCUCUCAGGUCCGUGCCUUAGCCCCAAGUGUCAGUCUGCACACCGACGCCUUGGCCACACUUGCGGUCCAGUCCCGCCGUUUCCCUCCCCUUGUGUCAGAGUUUCGCCAGAUCGUGCAUCUUCCUGCCGACGCACCGAAGCCCGCGAACUCUAAGACCUUGCUGCCUGGGGUGGGGAUUUAUAGAACUCCUGAGGAAUUUGUUGCUGCAGCCAACGAUGUGCGUCACCCGAUGGACACACAAAAUCCUUUGGCAAGAGUGCAACUGUUGGCUAAGCAGUUGGCUCCAGAAGAAGCUGCCCUCAAGGCCAGCAUGUCGGAUGGAGUGCGAAAGGUUUUGGGAACAAAAAAGUUGGUCUUGUGGGAGCGCCUCCUCCGCCAGGCGAAACUCACCCCGGCUACGAUCACCGAGCAUCAACUUCGGGAGACUGCAAGAUGGCGCCGCAAAUCGCUUGUGGCGAAACCUUUGAGCAUGACCGAUGAUUGCUUUGAUCCCCUCGAGGAAGCGUGCAAUGAUGAGGUGCGGCGGGGUUCGCUUGAAGGGCCUUUUUACAGCGAGGCAGCGGUGUCAGAGUACUUAGGCCAUGACAGGUGGUGUUGUGUGCGACGUUUUAUCAUUCAGCAGAAUGAUAAGUACAGACCGAUUGAUGAUUGUUGUGAGUGCCAAUUGAAUGAGGGGUAUUCUUCCACUUUCAAGUUGCGCUUGCAGGAUGCUGAUUACUUUGCAUGUUUGGUCUUGAACAUAUGCAAACGCAUCCUGUCAUCGAGCUUGCGUGUGACCUUUGCCGAGUGGAGCGGAAAGUGCCUUGACUUGUCCCGAGCUUAUAAACAGCUGGCGAUCCUUCCUGCACAUGUGGAUCUGGCGGUCUGCUUAGUCCACACCCGGGCAGGCAAGCCAGUUUUCUACGUGCCGAACAGCCUCAUGUUUGGAUCGAAUGCAGCAGUUUAUGCGUUUAAUCGAGUAAGUCGUAGCAUUUUCUUCCUCUUGAGUCGAUUGCUGAUCAUCCCACUGUCAUGCUUCUACGACGACUUUCCAAUCUUGACUCCCACUCGGGAUGCGAGUGAGGUCGAUGGCAUGAUUUCCGAUUUGCUCGAUAUCUUAGGUUGGGAGCACAAGCGCACUGGCGAGGGCCACAAGGGUCUUCCUUUUGCAAAGCUUGUUGACAUUCUUGGCAUGCGUGCAGACCUGUCAUGCAUGGCGGGCGGGACCGUGACACUUUCAAACAAACCUGGACGCAUUGACAAAAUUUGCGAUUUCGUCGUGAAUAUCAAGAGUGCUGGGUGCGUGACUAGACAUCAGGCGCAGGUCUUGCUGGGCCUGUUGAAUUUUGCCUGUGGUUACUAUCACGGACGCGCCUUGCGAUACUUGUGUAAAGGUUUGAUUGAUGUUGUUUCAGGCGGUAGUCUUGAAGGUCGUGCCCUGCAAGAUUUUUGCGAUGAGGUUGUGACGACUCUGAGGACCACGCCUCCUAGGGUCCUUCGUGUGAACUCUUGCAAAGAUGUCUUGCAUCUGUAUGUCGACGGCUCAUGGGAAGAUGGGUUCGCCGGCAUUGGAGCCGUCUUGUUUGAUCCCGCGUCACAGAUGGGCCGUGUGUGGGAAGGUGUGGUCCCCAGCCACAUUAUCUCUCGGUGGAGAAAGGAGGUUGGUGAUCACUUGAUCUGCCAGAUUGAGCUGUAUGCAGCACUCUGCAUGCGCGUUCAUCUCGCUGAUUCGCUAGUUGACCGCAAGCUCAUCUUGUGGACAGACAAUGAUGCCACAAGGUUGUGUCUGGUGAAGGGACGCAGCCCAAGCCCAUCCAUGCAUACGAUGAUCAAGUGCUUUGGGCGGACGGAUGUGGACAAACCUUGCUAUGUUUGGAUUGAUCGCGUGCCUUCAAAGUCAAACCCGGCUGAUGCUCCGAGCCGCGGUGAUGGCAAGAGUAUCUUGAAGAGUGUAG